GAGGUUGAAGAAACCCGGGCUUCCCUUCCCAGCGUGUACAAGAGAAAUUGAAAGCUUGCUCAUGCUAGGGGAGGGGAAGGGAGGGGAGGGGAACCCGGCGCUUCCCGAGGCGCGCUGCUGCUUGCUUGCCUGCCUGCCCAGGACUUCCCUGUUGUACAUGAAACACCCACCCACGCAAAGAUGGCUGCGAAAGGCUCGCAUUUUCACCUGAAAAUGGAAGAGGCGAUCGAGAGGUGCAGGACGGAUUGCCAGUGGGAGAUGCAGCUCGCCAUGGUGGCGCAGAUGAGGGCGCGGGCAUCCAGCCCUCGGCACAAGGGGUCAAAAGGAGCUGCGCCGCAAAAAUCUGAAGACUAUGAGAAUCUACUAGCUGCGGAGGCACUGCUGGAGCUGUGCUUAAAAGAGAACCUUGCCAAAAUCAAAGAAACCAUGCCAUUAAUGGAAAAAACUGAGCCCAAACUGAGUGAUGCCAAAAAGUUUUUGACUGACAUUCUAAAUCGAGGGAAAUUACUGCCAAAAGAUAUGACAGAAGCAAUGUUGCUUCUCGCAAAGCUUCAUUAUAUUGAAGGAUGUUACCGAGAAACUUUAAGCAUGUAUGCAAGAGCCGGCCUCGAAGACCUUGUAAUAGAGAAGAAACCUUUAUACAAGCUGCGUCUGCUAACCGAAGCUUUUGUUAUUAAAGGCCUGGCACUGGAACGCUCACCCAAUUCCAUUGCUUCCCAAGUCCGGCUGUCAGAAAGAGAAGAGGAAGUCAUGACUUGCUUUGAAAGGGCAUGUGUAAUCGCUCAGAUUUUCCUGCAAGAACUGGAGAAGAGCUUUAAUAAUACACAUACAAGAAGCAUAAAAGGCAGUCAUAUGUCUUCCUUGGAUUUUGAACUUCCUUACUUUCUGGAAGCAGCUCUGCAGAGUGCAUAUGUGGCUCAUUUAAAGAGAGGCAAUAUUAUUCAAGGAAUAAGAAAUCUAAGAGAAUUGUUAAGAACCAUGGAAACAAAGGCUACUCUGAGCUUCAGAAUGACAGCUACCAAACAACUGGCAGAGCUGCUCCUCCACUCCCUAAGUGAAGAUUGUUACUGGAGUCCCUUAUCUGACCCACUUCCCGAGUUCAUGAAGAAAGAGGACAAUGCUUAUAUUUGUAACACCUUACGACGAAAACUACAGCAACACGCUGGAGAUAACAUCUAUAGCCCCCAUGACAACGUUGAAGAAGCUCUCCUCCUCCUCCUGAUCAGCGAAUCCAUGGCAAACCAGGAUGCAGUAAUCAGCCGGGCUCCUGAUCAGAAAGAUGAUCGAGCCAUCAGUCUCCAAAGUACAUCAGCAGUUUAUGAUCUUCUGAGUAUCACUCUGGGCAGAAGAGGACAAUAUGUCAUGCUUUCUGAGUGUUUAGAACGAGCAAUGAAGCUUGCAUUUGGUGAAUUUCAUCUGUGGUACCAGUUGGCUCUGGCCAUGACAGCUUGUGGCAAGUCUGCUCAUGCUGUCUCGGUGCUUAGAGAAUGUGUAAAGCUACGUCCUGCGGAUCCCACCGUCCCUCUCCUGGCCGCCAAGGUCUGCAUUGGACCUCUGCACUGGCUGGAGGAAGGAGAACGUUUCGCCAAGAUGGUUGUUGGCAUGGGAGAAGACGCUGGAGAAUUCUUAGCAAAGGGUUUUUUAGCAUUAGGCCUGACAUACAGCCUGCAAGCAACUGAUGCUACUCUGAAAAGCACCCAAGACGACUUGCACCAGAGAGCACUUCAGAAUUUAGAAAGAGCUCAUCACCUGGCACCCGAAGACCACCAAAUUAUCCUUUAUAUCUCAUUGCAGCUGGCUCUUAUCAGGCAGAUUUGUGAUGCAAUAGAACAUCUCCAAGAAGCACUAAAACUGUAUAAGGAUGAUAUGAAUUCUCUUCAUCUGUUGGCCCUCCUUUUUUCAUCACAAAAAGAUUACCAACAUGCUUUGGAUGUAAUGGAUGUGGCCCUUGCAGAAUAUCCUGACUGCUUCCAUUUACUCUUCACAAAAAUAAAACUGGAAUUAGUACAUAAAGGACCGGAAGAGGCUUUAGUGACCUGUAGACAUAUGUUGCAUCAGUGGCAGAUGUUGUAUAAUGUUUCGCAGCAAAGUGAUUCAGAGAAAGCAAACAGUUUGACUGAGACUGUACCAGCCAAGAAGAAUAACAAUGUGUAUCUUACUCUACCGGAUGCCCAUGAUAAUGAUUCUGGCUCCCAGCGAGCAUCUUCCAUUGCAGCAUCACGACUGGAACAGGCCAUGUCAGAAAUAACUAUGCAGAGUUCUGCCUCAAAGCAAGGGCCUAUUCAGCUGUGGACAACUCUUGAACAGAUCUGGUUGCAGGCUGCUGAAGUCUUCAUGGAACAACAGCAUCUCAAAGAAGCAGGCUUUUGUAUCCAGGAGGCAGCCAGUCUCUUUCCCACAUCUCAUGCUGUGCUGUACAUGCGGGGGAGGCUCGCAGAGAUGAAUGGCAGCUUGGAAGAGGCUAAGCAGUUGUAUGAUGAAGCAUUAACUGUGAAUCCAAGUGGAGUGGAAAUCAUGAACUGUUUGGGACUGGUUCUCAACAAGCUUGGGCGAAGAAAUUUGGCUCAGAAGGUUCUUCAGGAUGCAGUCCAGAUACAGAGUACCAGCCACAAAGCCUGGAACAGCCUUGGAGAAGUCCUUCAUGCUCAGGGCAAAAAUGAAGCUGCUGUUGAAUGCUUUCUGACUGCUUUGGACCUUGAAUCCAGCAGCCCUAUAAUUCCAUUUACAGUUAUUCCAAGAGAAUUGUGAAUGUUUAGUAUUAACUCAUCAAAUGUGUUCUGUGGAGAAAGUUUAGGUGAUCAGCAGUCAGUUUGUGUGUGUGUGUGUGUCUGUGUCUGUGUGUCUGUGUGUGAAUAAAGAAAAGCUUUAUUCAUGGUAAUGAUUCUGUUUCAAGAAUAUCACAUUUUCCUUGUACUCAAAGCUCAAGAUAGCUAGCUAGUUGAUGGAAAAUGUUACUCUAUAGCAGGGGUGUCAAACUGGCAGCCCACAGGCAGGAUGCAUCACGCAGAGGCCACGCCCAACCCAGCUCUGUGAAGGGGGGCAAUUGUCGCAAAACGUCAUGUGACGGCAACGUGAUGUGGCAAGUUUGACACCCUUGCUCUAUAGCAACUAGACCUGUUGCAGUUUGAAAUGCUGUCUAGGUACAGUGCAGACUCAGCUGCAGCUAUGUAUGGGAGCCACAAGAGGCUCAUAUUCUUUUAAUCUGCUUCUUACCUUUUACUGCAAGGAAUCAAUGGUGGAUAAGUGAAAUGUCUCUCAAGCAUGGGCUGCACUUAAGCCUACUGGUUUUCAAGUCUACUUUACAAUGUGAUUAUGCUAGUACUUAAUGGAUAAUAUUUGUGGUAUAAGCUGCAUACAUCUCUGUUCUUUGUGAUGUUUCCAUCCAUUGAAAAUUCAGUGCAAGAAAACAAAAACUUUUAAAAUUCACUCUUGGCACAAUACUUGAGCUGUGACCACUUAAGCUGAUUCACUACCAGAUUCUACCUUAGUUCGUACGUAGCAUUAAGCUAUAACAUAUCUGUUUGGUUGGGUUAUUUUGUUUUGCUCUGGAGACUAUUUUCGAUCUCCCAUUUGAGAUGUCAGUUAGUCAGACUUCCAAGAGGCAUUCUCACGGCACUCUUUUAAGACUUAUAGACUUUAGGAAAUAUAUGAUUUUAAAAGGGUGAGAAUGUCAGGUGAACACAUUCAUUCUUUGCCUUAAAUUAUUGUGGCAUAGGAUAUAAAAAUAGAAUUAAAUUGGAGAAAAUAAUAGGCAUUUCCAGAAUACCGAUAGAGGAGAAUAUUUGUAGAUCAGGAUUGAACUGUGAGGUCCCAGGUGCUCUGGUAGCUUGGUUGUUUCCUUGCCCUGUGAGGGGAAACCCCUUGGAUAUAAAAUGAGAGCAAAUUCCACUCCCUACUAAUACUGAUUAUGUAACCUAGUUUAGUAAGGAAACAUCUGCAAGAAAACCAAGUUCAGAGAGCACUGGGUACCCGGUAUUUCCAGAAUAUUUUAUUAAUAAAAUUAGGGCAGCUCAGUUUUAAAAUUUCAGCAAGGAUUUUGUUCUAGACCACAAUAAGUUUUGGGACAUUAAGACACAAGGCUACUGCUUGAGAUACUGACAGAGACACAUCUCUUACAAUAUCUUCUUUAAGAGUGUUGCACAAAUGCUCCAUAGCUGGGGAUCAUUAGAGCUAAAGAUAAAUCAUUGAAAAGUCACCAAAAUUGCUUGUUACAAAGAGUGUACCAUGAUGGACGCAUUGGGAUGCGCAAGGGACAAAAUUAUUACAUAAUUUGGGACCUAGGGGUUUGGGACCUAUUGUAGAAUAUUACAAUGGUCUGUGAGUCUAAUUUGUUAAAUUUUAGGCUAAAUCAGUUUUGUUUGUGCUCAGGGAUGUGUAGAAUAAAAGUAUAGGCAUCUGUGCAAGCACAGUAACUAGAUAUAACUGUAACUUCUUGGUUCUUUGUAUCAUUUUAUCCUUUUGUUCCAUUAGUAGUACAUGGCACAAAUAACAACAUGUUAUUCCAUUUAAAUGACUUCUUGCCUCUUAAAAUUUUCUUUUCAGUUUAGAAAGACAGUCUAGAAUAGUCCUUUUAUUAAUAUUUCAGUUACAUUGGUAUUUACUUUUAAUUACGCUUCUGUGAUCAUUCUGACUGAUCUCAUGUACUUACCUGAGCUAGUUCAUUUUCCCAUAAAAUAUACUAUCAAUAACUGGAUUAGAUAAGAUAGGUGUAAGCACCUAUGAUAUGGCUAUCCAAAUUUACCUGCUGCUGCUUUCUUUUUAAAUCUCAAUUUAAAAUAGAAUUGGGAUUUUUUUUAGUCUUUAGGAUAGAAAUCAUCUCAAAGUUCCAAUUUUUAGAAGAUAAAGGCCCUAUUUUAUCUCGUGCAUAAUCAAGGUGCUGAUUAAGUAAUACAAGACUUGAAUUUGGAUAGCACAAACAUUUGGUAGAGUACUGCAUAAUCAACAAUUUUUCCAGGCUAUAUUCCUCACAUACAGGACCUUCUUCAAAUGUCCUUUCUCCAUUAUUGCCUCAGUGGCAAAACUAGGGUAUUACAAUUAAUGUGCAGGAAAUAACUAAGGCUUACUAUGGCAGUGAUGACUCAUCACCUGACAACCACCAUUUCCCCCCUUGGUAACCCGGUAAAUAAUACCGCAUCUUCAUAAAGCAGUGCUCCAGUGAAAAAUAGGUUGAGGUUAAAGAAGCAAACACAAAUCAGGAUCUAGACAUUCUUGGAUAUUUGUUUAUUAGCCAGUAAACUUCACAUUUGUGCAUAACACCCUCAGUAGUGUUUAAUUGUUAUGAAACUUUUCAUAUACUGUGUAGUAGUAUACAUAAAAUAUUGAAUCCAUUAAACUCUGAAGAUUGGAUGAGUUUAAAUAAUUGCAAUUUGUUGUAUCAGCAUAGAUGCUAUCUUAUUUUAUUUACAGCCAACUAUUCUGGAAACUAUUACUAUUUAUUUAUUGAGAAUAUUAUUUGGGCACUCUUCAGCCAGAUAUGGUUUUGAUGACAAAAAGCAAAGUUAUACAUAUUUGUAUAACUAGUUAUUACAAAUCCAUUCCAUUACUUUAUAUAAGACUUAGUCAAAACUACUUUUUGUUGCAGUGUGUUUUUGCGAAGGAGAAAACUUACCAUCCCUGCCAGGGAUGGGUUGUUUUAUGGGGUUUUAUUAUAUAAAUAUGUUAAUGGGUGGAUGGAUAAGUGGAUGGAUGAUAGACAGAUAAACGUAACUGAACUACAUCUUACUAGGUGAGGCCACUUUGAGUUACAGUUCAGCAGUAUCUGGAGAGUCAUAGAUAGCCACUCCAUCUUAGAGAAAGUAGAAAAACAUGAAAAUUAAUUAACUAUGUAAACAUGAUUAAUUAGGAACUUUUCACUGAUGAAUAUGUGGGGCUUGAAGGUCAUUAGUUGCUUAGAAUACUUUGGUACAUUAUAAACAAUUUCCCCUUUUGCUCUUAUGUCCAUAAUUCUCCAAGAAAUACUACAUCAUACCAUAUUUCAUUUGGAAGCCAGUCUGCAAUGCCUUUGAAAUUUGAUAUGCCUUUUCACAAUGAGACAUGACAACACUGAGUUUGAAACAGCUUUCACCAGAUGAAUAAACAAAUCCAGGGAGAAAGAUUUGUUGUGCAUAUAAGGUCAUUUCCUGCUGCUUCUCAUUCUUUGCAAAUUAUUCAUCAAUGUUCACAAAUCAAAUCCUGAAUGAUGCCUACUUGUUGCAAAAGACAAUUUAGGAUAUUUCUGUGGGGUUCAUUCGGAAGGUAUCCUAUCCAGGAAGAAUCAAGGUUGGUACCAUAUUAUGGAAUUGAACCAUGGAAUCAGAAGAGACCAUUUAAAGUCCAGUAUCGGAAUUCAAAGGACCCCUGAUAGGAGACUGUCUGGUUUCUCUUUAAACACUCAUGGAGUCCUCCAUCUUUUUGAGUAAUUAUUUACACAAUCCAAUUUAUAAUUGCAAACUUUUCCAGCAUUAAUUUGGCAUAUGCAGUUCUUUUAUCAUAAAUAUGUUGUUUUGUGCUCUAUCUACUAAGCUAAUAAAGAAUUUGGCCUUCUUUAAAGUGCUUUCAAUUAUUUGAAGAAUGCUAUCAUAUACCACUUCAAUUUCUUAAGGUUAAAUAUUUCCAGUUUAUGUAAUUGCCAGUCAUAGCUUUUAGUUUCUACUGCACACUCUGAUCAUUCUUACUACAUUCUCUGAACUUGUUCCAGUUUGUCUUGAGUCCUGUAAGUAUGAAACUGAAAAUUGGAUUUAAUACUGGAGGUAAAUUCUGAUCAAUGCAGCAUAACCUGAUACCAAGUUUCAUACGAUUUGGACUAUACUUAUGUAUACUGAAUUUGCCUUUUUGACAGCCAAAUGGAACUGCUACUCAGUUUGUAAUAAUCCAGUAUUCAAAAAUCCUUUUCACAAUUAAAAUUACCAAGCCAAGUGAUUCCUAUCUUAUGCAUGGUGUAUUUAAUUUCUGUUAUUUUAAUCCCACUUCUCUAAUCUUUCCAGAUUAUUUUGAAUUUUAUUUCUGCCUAUGCAAUUCAUUUUGUGUUCUCUGCAAGUAUAUAAGCAUUUCCUUUCUUCAGUCAACUCAAGACAUUAAUAAAAAUACUGAAAAGUAGAGGAACCAGGAUUGAAUCACAUGGCACCAUCACUAUUUCUCUACAAUUUGAUGAGGAACCAUUAAUAUGCUUUUCAGACUACCUAUGUGUCACUUAUCAGUAAUGCCACUAAAUUCACAUUUAACUACUUUGCUAAUUACAAAAUCAUGGAAUACUUUUUAAAUUGCUUUUCUGAAAUCGGAGUAUAUUACGUUUACAGCAUUCUUAUAAACUA